AUGCUUUAUGGUUUCGCUACUUUUGGAGCUCAGUUCAACUCUACCACGCUGUCCUCCGAGGCCUGUCUGACCAGGAUAGAAGCUCAGUUUGGAAUAGGAAGAGAGUGUGCCACUUUGGGAACAUCUCUAUACCUACUUGGCAUUGGCUUUGGACCCAUGGUAUUUGCUCCGAUGUCUGAAAUGUACGGGCGCAAAUUGGGGGUUUUCAUUCCUUAUUUGAUAUCUGCCCUUUUCACUUUUGCAACCUCUAUUUCUUCUAACGUUGCUGGUAUCAUGGUCACUAGGUUCUUUGCCGGAUUUUUUUCUGGUGCUCCUAUAGUCUCAUCGGGAGGGGUCUUGGCUGAUAUAUGGAGUCCCUCUGCUAGGGGUGCUGCUAUGGGGUUGUAUGCCAUCUGCGUUACUGGAGGUCCGGUCUUUGGUCCCAUAAUAAGCUCUCUUCUCAUUAAUAGUAGCGAAAGCCUCGACAGUUGGAGAUAUGCUCAGUACUUCAUAGGUCUCGUAGAGCUCGUUUUAUUUACUGCCGGGGUGUGUUGUUUGCAUGAGACGUACGAGCCUGUCAUUCUUUCUAGACACGCCAAAGAGAUUCGACUAUCCACGAAUCAUUGGGCAGUUCAUUCUAUACAAGAUACGUGGCAUUUGGAUCUUAAAGAAACCGCCACUGUUCAUCUCAUCAGACCUUUCGCCAUGUUGGCCACUCCUAUAGUGUUUCUCAUGGCAUUAUUUGCCAGUUAUGUGUUUGGUUUGUUCUAUCUUUUUUUAACCAAUCUCUCCGUGGCGUUUAAUAUUAAGAGAGGCUGGACUGGUACUACAUCCGAAUUACCGUUGGUUGCAUUUUUUUUUGGUAAUAUUAUGGCAUGCUCUUUUAACAUGAUGUGGGGCAUGAGAUAUGGUACCAUAAUAGCGAAAAAUAACGGUGAACCAAUUCCUGAGCAGAGAUUACCUAUGAUGAUGGUCUUUGGCUGGCUCAUGCCAGCAGGUAUGUUUUUAUUUGCGUGGACCUCUUCAGCUAGCAUUCCUUGGAUAGUUCCUUGCAUCGGUGUUGUAUUUAUUGGUAUGGGAUUCAUCUCCAUUUUUCAAAACGCUCUCAACUAUUUGGUUGACUCGUUUCCCAAAUAUUCUGCUUCGGCCAUUGCCGCCAACACGUUUUUGCGCUCGGUAUUUGCCGCUGUUUUUCCGUUGUUUGCAAAGCAGUUGUUUACUCACCUAGGUGUUGGCUGGGGUACCAGUGUUAUUGGAUUUAUAGCAUUGGGAAUGAUUCCAAUUCCAUUCUACUUUUACAAGCAUGGAAAGGCAAUAAGAGCUAAGAGUCCUUAUGUCAAGCGGGUACAAUAA